AUGGCAGUCGCUGGAGUCGUUCGUGCCGUCAUGGAGCAGCGGCAGCACGACGAUGAAGGAGUUGCGCGAGUGGCGGGCGCCACUGUUGCUGGGCAGCCCGGAUGUGGCGCGCUAUGUAGCCGACAACCUGCGAGGGCGGUCAACGGUCAAGCGACGGCUCAGGCGGCUUGCAAGACGAAGGCGCUGACAGGGGCUGACAUGGAUAGACAGGAUGGAGUAAUCGCCCGACUCGAAGGUGUGACGAAGCAAUACGAGGAAGGUCAGUUCGUGGUGCUACUGGGACCCAGCGGCUCGGGCAAGACAACCCUUCUGAAUAUGAUUGGCGGGCUGGACGUCCCAACUCGUGGACAGAUUUGGGUGGGCGGCAGCGAGAUCACAGACAUGAAUGAAGCCUCACUGACCCAUGUACAGGCGCAAGCAAGUGGGGUUUAUUUUUCAGUUCUUCAACCUCGUCCCUUCGCUCACCGCCGGAGAGAAUGUGGAGAUGGUCGCAGAACUGACGGGAAACAAGCGCAACGCCAUACCCGCACUCCGCUCUGUCGGUCUUGGCGACCGUAUAGGCCACUUUCCUGCGCAGCUCUCGGGCGGCGAGCAGCAGCGCGUAGCCAUCGCCAGGGCAUUGGCGAAGGGUCCUCGAUCCUGCUUGGGGAUGAACCAACGGGCGAUCUCGACUAUGAGACGGGCAAGAUGAUUCUGGGCCUGAUGAGGCGCAUCAAUCGAUCUGAGAACGCCACGAUCCUCCUGGUGACUCACAACGUGGCGAUAAGCCGUAUGGCCGACCGCGUUAUAAGAAUGCGCAGCGGAGAGAUAGUCGAGGAUAGAGCGGUGGAAAAUCCGAUUCACCCCGAAGACCUUGAGUGGUAG